GAGACGUUGAAAAUUUAUUAUUCAAUGGAUAAUAUCUCGUUGGAACGGUAUGAAUGGUCGGACGAUAGAAUCCGUAUUGAAUAGAUGUCCUCAUAUACAUCGGAUUGAUAUUACCGUACUUUUGUUCGCCGUAAUUCUGAAACAUAUCUACGUUCAAUUAUACCAUGAUGAAAAAAACACGUUACUGAACUUAUGAAACGGAUUAGGUACUUACAUGGACGUUCGAAGCGUUCCGGCAAAUUUCCUUCGAUGAGAUAAAAAUCCGAAGUACGAGUACUUGGAUCCAUUACGGUCACAAUGAACACGAGUGUCGUUUAAUGGAAUUAGUUUGAACGGCUGCGAUGAAGUUUCCAUUGACAACGGAUAAACAUUGUUGUACAAGUGAAUGACGAAGAAAAACAAUGUGUAGGUAAGAAAAGCUCGAAGCUUGGCUGAACGUUGACGUUGACAGAGAUAUUUUAUCAAGGUACUCGUUCCUAAAAUAGCAUCACCUCAUGGGACGAAAUAAUAAUAGAUCAGAUAUGCCCAAGUAGAAAUAUUUUUCAAAAACAACUCCUUGUGUGCAUAUUUUGGCACCUGCGAUUAUUAUUGAUGAAGCAGCCAGCACGUGUACCUACCUAUACUUCAGAAAGUACUGGAAUAGUCUUGAAAAAUCUCGUCUAUUUUUAAUGCUAGAAAUUCGUAUAAAAAGACAUUCAUUGGCAUAAAUUCAAUUCAAUUUUGACCAUUCGGUACGACACAGCUGACGUUGAGUCACAGUUCGUUGUAAAUUUCGUAUUCUGACGCGGUGAUACUCGUGUAGUAUGUAAUAUGCCCUCGUAUCAAAAAGUAGCAUCAGUGACCAGUGUUGAUAAACAUACCGCCGAUGUUCCCGUUUUAUUGUACAAACAUAAGAAAUUAUUCAGUGGCGGAAAUGAUGGUAAAAUAAAAGUAUGGAACAACGAUUUGAAACUAGAGAAGACCAUCGAAGCCCAUCCAGUCAACGUGUACGAUUUAGCAGCUAAUGAUAAAUAUUUAUUCUCGUGCAGCAACGAUAAUACCAUAAAGGUUUGGAACAUCGAUACUUACGAAUUGGUUAAAUCUAUCGAUAGAAAUAUGGACACGGCGGUUUUGAAAUUAUUCCACACCGGUGAUGAUAAAUUAUACGCCGGAGACGAUGUUGGAAAUAUCUUGGUUCUUCAAAACGAAGAUACCACUGUUGGACAAUAUGGAAUCUUGGAAGAAGUUACGGGGCUUUGUGCGAAAGAUAAUUAUCUAUAUACUACUGGCCAACACGACUUUACUAUUUCAGAAAUGAAACCAGGUAAUAAAACGCAGUUUUGUACACGAAAGUGUGAAAGUGGUCAUGGACCUGUUUGUUUGACAAAUGACAAAGUAUUUUUCGUCAACAGCGAUGGUCGUUCUAUUUGCGUUCUUGAAGCGAAUCCUGGUUUCAAAAAUUUAGCAACUUUACAGGGUCACGAAAUGAUCGUCAAUGCAAUGAAUGCCGAUCAUUCGCUCAAUAUAUUAUACAGCGGAGGUUACGAUAAAGUUUUGAAAUCAUGGGAUACAAAUACGUUCAAAAGCACCGCAUCUGUUUCCAUUGGCAACUGCAUAAACGCCAUUGCUUCAGGUGAUAAUCAAGUUUUCGUUUCUAGCGGUGAUGGUGAUAUUGAUAAAUUCGUAGUACAAUGAUGAUUUAUCAUCAUCAAUACCCAAUUUUGUAUUGAUUUGUUUCGUAUUAUUUAUUUAAUUGUACAUUGAUUUUAUUUAUUUUGAUUAGCAUGAAAAAAAAAAAAUACAAUAUAACGAAAUUGUUAUAA